UGUUGUAAUGAGUAAUAAUUACAGUGACAUUAUUAUUAAUGAUAAUAAUAACAUAACAUUAGUAUUAUUACCAAAGGGAUUAUGGGCAACAGAGUCAUCACCAGAAUGGUUAAACAAAGGAGACAAUUCAUGGCAGCUCACAGCAACCACUAUGGUGGGGAUGCAGAGUGUUCCGGGGCUAGUGAUACUCUACGGAAGCAUGGUGAAGCGAAAAUGGGCGGUGAACUCGGCUUUCAUGGCGCUCUAUGGUUUCGCGACAGUGUUAAUAUGUUGGGUUUUGUGGGGUCAUCAUAUGUCAUUUGGUUCGAAAUGGACACCUUUUGUUGGAAAGCCAGGGUUGGCAUUGAGUGAGAAGUUUUUGUUGGGACAAUUUUCCAAGUUUGGAUUUGUCCCAAUGGCGGAUUUUGUGUAUUAUGAGUUUGUUUUCGCGGCGAUUACAGUUAUUUUGGUUGCAGGGUCUUUGCUUGGGAGGAUGAAUUUUUAUGCUUGGAUGAUGUUUGUGCCACUUUGGGUUAGUUUGAGUUAUAGUGUUGGAGCUUUUAGUGUUUGGUGUGAAGAUGGGUUUCUUCAUGAUGUUAUUAUUGAUUAUGCUGGUGGUUAUGUUAUUCAUUUAUCUUCUGGUGUUGCUGGUUUCACUGCUGCUUAUUGGGUGGGUCCUAGAUUGUCAGAUGAUAGGAGACACUUUCCCCCAAACAACAUAAUUCACAUGUUGGGAGGUGCAGGGUUUCUAUGGCUAGGGUGGGCAGGCUUCAAUGGUGGUUCACCAUUUGCAGCUAACAUGAUAGCAUCAAUAGCCAUUCUCAACACCCAUAUAUGUACUGCAACCAGCCUCCUGGUCUGGGUUUCCAUGGACAUGAUAGUCUACAAGAAAAGCUCUGUGAUUGGGGCUGUUCAGGGCAUGAUCACUGGCCUGGUCUGUAUCACCCCUGGUGCAGGGAUUGUGGAUCCAUGGGCAGCUGGAAUAAUGGGAAUAUUGUCUGGUUCAAUACCAUGGUAUACAAUGAUGGUUUUGCAUAAAAAAUCAGUGAUUUUCCAAAGUGUGGAUGACACUUUAGGGGUCUUCCAUACACACGCGGUUGCUGGCCUAUUGGGAGGUCUGCUUUCCGGUGUCUUUGCUCAAACCGAUCUUCUGGAAAUGAUGUACGGUUCGAGUGUGAGAUUUGCUGUCUCAAAUGGAAAACCAGGAGGAUGGUUUAAACAGUUGGGGUACCAGUUGGAAGGAGCAGUUUUCAUAACAGUUUGGAAUGUAGUAAUUACCUCAUUAAUUUGCCUCUUGAUUAGUCGAGUAGUUAAUCUGAGGAUGAGUGAAGAGGAUUUGGAGAUCGGUGAUGAUGCUGUGCACGGCGAAGAAGUAUAUGCUCUUUGGGGUGAUGGUGAAAGAGCACCGAGCUCACAUCGCCGUUGGCAAAUGCGCCCUCGAAUCCCUUCCAUCAUCCGCCUCCGCCGCAAUUGAAAUUGCUAGCUAGCUAAAAUCACUUCUUUAAGUGUUCCUUUUUUCAUUUCUGUAAAUGUUUCAUGUGUGAUCCCUUUGAAAACUAUACAAAAGUUUUGUUCACAACAGCUUAAAAAGUGUACUUUUUUGUAAUAUUAACAGAA